AUGGAGCAAGAAGACGUGCAAUAUCUUGGCUCCCUUGGUGUCUGCAGAGAAGCCUUCAAGAUAAUCUAUUCAUGGAAGAAAAUCUUCAGCCAGAUCAGCUUGGCCUUAGUCCUCCCUCUAUCUUUCAUUUUUUUGGCUCAAAUGGAAGUCUCCGAGCUCCUUAUAUCCGAAGAGAUCACUUUAAGUUUAUGCCUCUUCAAAGUGGCCUACCUCAUCUUCUCCCUCAUCUUCUACCUCCUCUCCACCUCCGCCGUGGUUUACACUGUCGCUUGUAUCUACACUACUGGCCGUGAAGUAUCGUUCAAGAAGGUCAUGAGCGUUGUCCCUAAGGUUUGGAAACGGCUUAUGCUCACCUUCCUAUGUACUUUCCUUUCCUACUUCGCAUACAACAUAGUUGCUGCUUUGAUCUUGUUUGUAUCCUCAAUUUUCCUCAUUCUAAUCAAUACCAAGUUUUAUGUUCUUUUGGUCUUUUACGUGGCGGGUUUUGUAUAUUUGUCCAUAGUUUGGCAAUUAGCCAAUGUUGUGACCGUGUUGGAAGACACAUGUGGGUUUCAUGCCCUGAGAAAGAGCAGGGCACUGCUAAAGGGCAAGAUGUGGGUGGCCACCUUCAUAUUUGUACUGCUUGGUCUUUGUCAUUUUGCCAUACAAAUAUCAUUUCAGAUGCUUUUUGUGAGUAGUGGAUCAUUAAUGGGCGUGGCAAGUAGGUUUACCUACGGGAUUAUCUGUUUGGUCUUGCUUUUCAUGUUGCUCCUGUUCGGGCUUGUCCUUCUGACAGUGAUCUACUUCGUCUGCAAAUCCUACCACCAGGAAAACAUCGACAAGUCGGCCCUCUCAGAUCACCUUGCAAGCUAUUAUAAUGGAGGGUAUGUUCCUUUGAAGGCCAAGGAUCGAUGUUCAGCUUGA